CGAAAAGCCACUGUUACAGAGACUUGAAGGGACUCACAGGUGUACAGUAAUACGUGAGACAUACAGGGCAGCCGUUUGCAGAGAAGCGAUUAAAUGUUUACUAUUAACAAUGUGCUGGCAUACGAGUCGAGUGUAAUGUAAGAAUCCCCACCGACGCUUGUGCAGUGUUUGACGCUCAGUGACAUGACAUGGACGGCGGAGUGUCUCACUGAGAGCAGAUGAAUUGAAGAACGAUGUCGGACCAGGGUUAUGGCUUAACUUUAUCAGCUGCGCCCCCGCUUCGCAGGGGCAGCACCCCCCUGCCAAUCAAACAUCAGCUGAGGCGAGAGGAAGCUGUGUCUGAGGAUUACGAUUGGACGCCAGGACUCGAUGAGUCUGCUACUCCGCAAAUCAGUGUCAGCACUGUCCAAGAUUCUCCUUCACAAAAACCGCAGCAGCAAAAGUACCACGGACCCCUUCGGAUAGUACUACUGGGCCAAAACGGAGUGGGCAAAUCCUCUCUAGCACUUUGCCUUGCUGGACUGUCAGACAGAUCACUCUCUAUAGACUCUGAAACCCAAGCAGCCGAUGAGGGUUACCAGCGGCGAGUGACUGUGGAUGAUGAGGACAGCACAAUUUUAGUAUAUGACAGCUGGAAACAGGAGCUGUCCACUCUGCAGUGUGAGGUGUGCAUCCUGGUGUUUUCGUUGACGGACAGGCGUAGCUUCCACCGGAUUGCUCAGCUCCGCCUCCUGUUGAGGGAGUCGCUGCCGCACACCCCCAUCAUCCUAGUGGGCAACAAGAGUGACCUCGUGCGCUCCCGUGAGAUCAGCACAGAGGAGGCACACUCCAGUGCAAUGAUGUUUGGCUGCCUGUAUCUGGAGCUCUCCGUCUCUCUGGACCACCGCACUAAUGACCUGUUAGAAGCGGCUGUGAGAGCGGCCCGGGGCCACAACCUGGGGCCCGGCUGGACGGAGGGGUCCCCCACGGUGGACCGCCGAGAGAGCUUGACCAGCAGGGCCAAGCGCUUCCUUUCAGGGCUCGUUCCGCGCUCCCACCUCGGCCGAGACCGGGAGGGCGGCAGAGACAGAGACCUCAGCAGACACAGAGGAAGCAGGAUGCUCAGGCAGAAAUCACGUUCUUGUCAUGACUUCAGCGCUCUAAUGUAACCGAAAACAACAGAGAGGGAGAGAAGGAGAGAAGGUGUAAAAGGAGGCUAGAGCAGAAAUUGAAGAACUGCAUGUAUGAUUGACAGGUGAGGAGAUAAGACCACUUCACAGAGGAGAUAAUUCUCCGGAGAGAUUACCUAAACUAGUAUGUGUGAAAUUAGUUGUUUAUACCAGUCUCUCAGUCACUGAACGUGACAGGGGUGCAGCGAAACCAAGUAGUGUAUAAACUAUCCUGACAGAACAUGACCUUUGAGGUUGAGAGAGGCCUGUAGACGGACAGAUCCACAUAAAUAUAUCACUGGAUUUGAGUGUAAUGAGUGGAUCAUACUGGCUGUGGCAGGCUGUUAGUGAUAGAGUAGCUCCUGUAGUAGACGCAUGCUGGCACGGCACAGAUGCAGAACUGUAGUAAAAGUCCUGUCGUAAAAAAAUAAAUAAUAAGAUAAGAUACUUUAGUUAAUGCAUGGAUUCAGCAUUUUAGCUUUUAUCACAUAUUUUCUGGUUUAGGGGAACCAAAUAAAGUGAUUUAAACUGAAGCAGUUAUUGAAAAACUCAUAUUGGUUGAUAGGGCUGCACGAUAUUGGGAUAUUUAGUUUUUCCGCUGUUUGAAAAAAAAUUACUAUAUGACGACUAUAUUUUGUAAGAAUACUUCUAAAUCGAUUAGGCUGUUAUUGUUGACGAUUGCAUUUGCUUUAAAUAAAAAUAAAUAAAGAAAAUGAAAAUGCUGAAAAUGUAAAAUGUACACUGAAGAGUGUAAACAAUCUGAUUUGAGAUUUUUUUUUUUUGAUUUGAGUGUACUCUUUAGUACUGUUGUUCACCCAUUUAAUCUGAUUAACAAUAAUAGAUUUUUAUUGUGGUUAUUAUUAAAUAAAAACUAGAAUUUAAUUAAAAAUAAUUUUAUAGUAUAACUGUAAGAUUACAAUGCUAAUAUUUAAAUAGCUUCUUCAUUUUAAACUGUAUUUAAAUAUACUUCAUAGUAUGACUGUAAAAUUACAAUACUAAUUAAAAAAAAACAUUUGAAACUUUACUGAAAUACACUAUCUUUAAUAAAUAGUUUAAUAUUUAAAGUUUAAAAUAUUAAGUGUAUCAAGCUUUUAUUUUGGUGGGUGACCGAAUUCAUCUUUAUGAAUGACACAGUGUUGUGCUUCACUCUGAAACAUGCAGCGCAUAUAUUUAUUGAAUUAAAAGUCCUGGCGAUUUGAUUAUACUGAUUGCAAUUAUUUCAAUAUGCCGUGCAGCCCUAGGGGUCAACUGCUAAUCUGAAUGAAGGUCAACGGUGGUUUUGGCUUUGAGAAAACACUGUGUCCUAGCCAGACUUAGUGUCAUGUAGCCUGGUAAGUCCAGAAGAAAAGAAAAUCUUACUGUCAAUCAAUGUAAAAUGACCUAAUACAGUUUAUUUUAUCAGAUUAUACUGUAAUAAUAGACUGCUGCGUAAAAAGUGUGAAUAACAGAAAACAUAGCAAAAGAUCUGUUUUAACUUUAUGAUCAACAUUCUUUUUUUUUUUUUUUUUUUUUGGAUAGCUGUGAUCAAGAACACAGCUCUUGAGGAUCUUUUGUUCAUUUGAUGCCACUAACCUGGAAACCUUUGCAGAUCCAGUGUUCCUCCUCAAAAGCACUCAUUGGUGUUUUGUAAUUUGCUUUAAUUUUAAUCACAGUAUCAAAGUCAGUGAGAAGACAUUUGAUGUUUUAUACACAUUUUUAUGGAACCAAUGAGAUCUCAUUGGUGGCUGGGCUAUUUGGCUUUACAGCAUAGGAAUUACAACCAAGCAACUGAUAAAAUAUUGCUUUAUGCCCUCACAUCUGGCUAGGACAUGGUGCUAAUCACAAUGUGAACCAAACUUAUGACGAUUCCUCUUUUAGAUAAAAUGUUCUUGAUGUAGAAUGUUCAUUGAUACACAUCAGGUUUAUUGGCUAACCUCAUGCAAACAAUGCAAGAAAUUCACUUUGAGACUAAUUGCAAAGCAUCAAGCAUCAAACAUGUUGCCAAAUCGUGAUGAACGUGAUGAACAAUUUGAAGUGAAAAAGUGGCGUACAGCUGAUUUAACAUCCUUUAGAAAACAUACACUUCUGGUUUGUGGUUGGAAUUAAUUGGCUUGUCAUUAAUUUGGAGAACAGGAAGGAAAUACUUAAACAUAAGCAAUGUUUAUGAUUUAGGUACUGAUGAGUUUUUCCCUCAAACAAUUAUUAGUGAAAUGUAAUCUCUGACUAGCUGUAAUGACUUCAGUCAAUCAGGUCUAAAGUACAUACUCAGAUAUUCACCUAUAAUGAAGUCUCUACCAUAGGGAGGCCCGCUGAGAGCAAAAUCACAUACUAAUUGAUUGUUUUAAGAUGUAAUGGGACAUUUUGCGAUAUAACAGCAAAAUGUUGUUGUUCUUCUGAUAUUAACCUAUUUUUUUUUUACUCAUAAUUAUGUGCACUCAUAAUUAAACUCCACCAAUGUGGUGGGAGUAAUACACAAACCUGUUAUUUAAUGAGCAUAAAAUAAGAAAGCAGGCAAUAUUAGGCAAUCAGUGUUGGCAGGGAAAGCAGAUUGGUCUGUAGAGAGCGCUUUGAUAAACUCCCUUGAGUCAGACAGGGCAAACUCUAGAAAAUAAGUGAAUACCGUUCAACUAAUUUGACACCUCUAUAAUGAAAGCAAGCCAUCUUUACACUCAAUUCUGUAUGAUAAGUGAAUUAACUGACUGACUCUCAUUUUUCUUUAUACGGGUCAAUUGUAAUAUAUAGUAUUUGGAAUUUAGUUGCACGCAGCUGAAUGCAAGUCUCAGUGAUUGAAGAGGCACUUUCAACCAACGCCAUAAAACCCUGGGUUCAGGUUCCUCUCAUCUCACUUUCCUAAAUGGCUUGUCACCAAAAAGGAUUAGAUGUAAGGACAAGCAAUAUUGAGAAUGGCCCACUUUGUCAUAUAUGACCUUGGCUGGACCACAAAGUCGUUGGGGUAAAUUUUUAGCAAUAGCCAAAAAACAUGUUACGGGACAAAUUGAUCUAUUUUUCUUUUAUGAUAAAAAUCAGUAGGA